GUCACGACGCCAGAGAAGGGAGUCACGAUAUAUAAAUGCCGAAACGUAGUUUUCUAAUUGAUUAUCAUCUCUUCUUCCUGGUGAUUCUCUCUGAAGCAAGAAAGUAAGAUGAAGGGUCUCGUCUGCUGCACGAUCUUGUUGUUGGCGUGUGUGCUCGUUCACUCUCAGUAUAUAGACGGCUGCUCUUUUGAAGACGAAAUAUUGAGUGUCGGUACACAUACUCGCAAUUGUCAAAAACUUAAUUGUAUUGGGAACAAUAAAAUACAGGCGCUCGCAUGUCCCUUAGCUUCCUGUUUACCAGGGCAACAAAUUGGAUAUCAGGAAAUGGAUUUUAGCAAGCCUUACCCACAAUGCUGUGGUCGACCGAUUUGUAAGAAUUCUUAAGCUAGUUAGGAUUGAAAUAAUAGAACAUUCACUUGAAUCUGGAUAUUAAAUAUCGCUUUUCACGAUGGAUACAUCGAGUUAUGACAUUUUUAUUUUUUCACUGCUCCGUUAUUAAGAUCGGGUAAAAAGAUGAUUGUAUCUCUCGCGAUAGAGCACAUAAUAUACAUUCCUGUGUUUUAUUUUUUACGAUAUAUAUAUAUUAAUAAAAUAUUAUAUACUUAUCGAAAAUAUGUGUCUAAUAAAUAUAAUUUUAUCUAUAUGCAGCAUGCAUAAUGAUUGAUCUUUUUUCAGUUAAA